CAACUUCCCGCCUUUUUCGUCCUCCCGCUUUCUCUUUCCCCUUUCUCUUUCCCCUCCCCCUGUCCUUUCUCUUUUCCCGCCAAAACCACCCCAUCUCAUUCAUUUCACACCCGAUGCUGCAACGACCGUCGUUCCCGGCGUUCGACUCUCCGCAGCGUGCUGGCGGUAGUGCAUCCUCAGCCACCAACGGCAAUGGCAAUGGCUCGUCUACUGCUCCGACGCUGGUUGUGCCAGCAGGAACACGGCCGACCUCGCGCAACAAGGUCCGUCUCGCUCCUGGAUAUGGAUUGAACGACUGGGUGCGACUCACACGCGAAACGGGCAUCGAUCUGACUGGCGGCGUUGGCCGCCAACACUUGCUGCGCGUGACGCUCCGCGAUUUGCAAAAGCAUGCGUCACGCACAGACUGUUGGAUGGCGCUGCGAGGCAAGGUGUACAACAUUACGCGUUAUGUGGCAUAUCACCCAGGCGGUGAAGCCGAGUUAAUGAAGGCGGCCGGUCGCGAUGGCACCCAGCUGUUCCAAGACAUCCAUGCGUGGGUGAAUGCCGAGUCCAUGUUGGAAAAGUGCUUGAUUGGCUUCUUGGUCCCGGACAAUCCGUACGCGGAGGACGAGGACGAGGACGACGAUGACAACGGCGACAAGAUGGAAGGCCAAUUGACGCGCGACAACAAGAUGAUUGUUCCGUCCGCGGGUGGCAGUGCCAGCAGUCUUUCCAGCAGCACAAGCAGCAGCAGCAGCAGCGGUCGGGUGGCUCGUGCGAGCGCGUCGUCCGUGUUUGCCCAGCCGCUCACCAUCACGACGUCGAACAAGCGCCUCGGCCCAUCCUCCAGCGCAUCCAACCUCUUCUCGGCGAGCGAGAUGGCCCGACUUUCCAAGCAGUCCGUCGUCCAACAGCCGCCAAUGCCAUCUGUCGUGGCGCCAUUGACGACUUCCGGCGAGCCUGGCGUCCGCUACGACUGGUAUGAAACAUCCACCCACAUUGUUGUUAUUCUUUACGUGAAGGGCGUCACCAAGUCCGACAUUGUGCAAGAGCGCUUUGGUCGAGACUCCAUUGCCCUGGAGCUGCUCGUUGUUCCUCCAGUAGUUUCUGCGGGUCCUUCUCCAAGCGGGAGUGUCGACAAGCUCCCCGCCAUCAACAGCCAUGCUGCGUCGCCAGCCACCCAGGCCAAGCGGCGGCUCUUUUUCCGCGCUGAUCUUGGUACCACCAUCCAAUCCGAGUUGUGUGUCACCAACGUGGCUGCUGCAAAGCUUGGCGUGUCCUUGCCCAAGGCCCAACCCGGCACAAUGGUUCGCAAACUUGGCGCGGUCAGUCAAGAGUGGAUGCCGUGGACUUCCACUCCUGACAUUGGUGGCACAGCUUCUCCUGUUCUUGCCAAUGUCGCUCAGCCGAUGGUCACUCAACCCGUUCACCUCUCCGGCGGCAUCAGCUCUCCAGUCUCGACGCGAUUCAACGCAGGCCGAGUCACUGCCAUCAGCACCGCCAAUCACAACACUGUUUGGCUGCGGGUGGUUGUUCCCCUGCCAUUGCCGCGCAUAUCCACAUCACAGUCAUUGAGCGCUUCCAGCUUGCCGGAUGCCAUUGACGGUUCCUCCAGCGUUCUGCUUCCGGAGGAAUCCGGCGAUGCCGUGGGCAUUGUUGGCAUUGCGCAGCACGUCGAUUUGGCACUGCAAGUCGAGUUUAUGAACAUUUCACGUCCUUACACGCCUGUGCGCGUGCGAGCACUGCCCAGCGGCACAGCUGCCGAGCUCGAGUUCCUUGUCAAGCGGUACAACGACGGCUUGUUUACGCCAAGCCUCACACGCUUGCGCAUCGGCGACAUGAUUGACGUUAGCGGGACGCUGGGCGUGCCAGUAAGCCUGGGCUCUCUGCAUCGCAUUGGAAUGGUCGCCGGAGGCACUGGCAUCACGCCAAUGCUGCGCAUCAUUCGCAAUUGCGUUGGUGAAAACAAGCGACGCCACAUGGUCGGGCAAUCUCCGCUUGUUGUAGCGCUGGUCUUUUGCAAUCAAACUGUGCAAGAUAUUCUUGCGUACAGCGAGCUUCAAGCGCUGGCAGAGAUGAAUUCGUGGUUCCACGUGCACCACGUUGUACAUUAUGCGCCUGGCACCGAGGGCGAGCAGAGCUCGAUCAAGAGCUUCUUCCAACCGGUCGCCUUCUCGCAGGCAUCGUCGUUCUCCAAUGCUCAGCGCAUGGACGUGGCGCCUGCGCUGCCACCGAGCGAUCAAGCAUUGAAUGCACCGGAUCCAGCCACCUGCUCGUAUGGCAUUGUCAAUCCAACCAUCCUUUGCGAGCACCUGCUGCAAGUUCUUGGUUGCACGCCAGAGUCCUCUGUGGCGGACUCGUCCAGCUCCUGCUCAAUGAGGGUCGAUGAAGACGAAGUACCAACACUGGCCACCAAUGUAGGCAGUGGGCCUGAAGGUCGACCGUCCAUUUUUAUCUGCGGCCGACCCACUUUCAUGCGCGACGUCACUUCGAUGCUGCGCAAUGAACUUGGCGUGCGAGCUGAGGACGUUCGCAGCUUUAAUGGAUAGCGUCCCUUAUGCAGCUUGUUCAUCUGUUGUCUUGUUGAACUCGUGCGGAUCCAUCUCAUGGAAACAAAAAAAAAAAGUUAUCGCAAAAUUCGAAAUACAUUUAUUUUUCAUCUUUAA